GGUUUCGGCACCGGGAGGGAACGAUGACAGCGCUUCACAACCGGUGGCAGUUCGGAGGAUUCCGCUGGAUCUCUGUCUGUCAAUAAUUAGGCUUCGCCUCGGAGGAAGAUGUGACAGCUCUCGGAGGUCCUUCCAUCGUCCCACUGCAGCGAGCAGAGCCAACACUGGGCAACCCUCUAAAAUGUUUAUUUGGACCAGUGGCCGGGGAUCUACAUCUUACAGACACGAUGAGAAAAGAAAUAUUUACCAAAAAAUCAGGGAUCACGACCUACUGGACAAAAGGAAAACAGUCACAGCCCUGAAAGCUGGAGAGGACCGGGCCAUACUGCUGGGGCUGGCCAUGAUGGUGUGCUCUAUCAUGAUGUACUUCCUGCUGGGAAUCACGCUGCUGCGCUCCUACAUGCAAAGUGUCUGGACAGAAGAGACUCAGUGCUCGCUUCUCAAUGCAUCCAUCACAGAAACCUUUAACUGCUCAUUUAACUGCGGGCCAGAGUGCUGGAAAAUCUCUCAGUACCCCUGCCUGCAGGUGUAUGUUAAUCUCACCUCUUCUGGCCAGAAGCUUCUACUCUACCACACCGAGGAAACAAUGAAAAUUAAUUCUGAGUGUUCGUACAUCCCCAAGUGCGGUAAGAACUACGAAGAAUCCAUGUCGCUGGUGAAUGUGGUGAUGGAAAACUUCAGGAAGUACCAGCGCUUCUCCUGCUUCUACGACCCCGAGGGCGUGCAGAAGAACGUGAUCCUGACCAAACUGUACAGCUCCAACGUGCUGUUCCACUCCCUGUUCUGGCCCACCUGCAUGAUGAUCGGCGGCGUCGCCAUCGUCGCCAUGGUGAAGCUGACUCAGUACCUUUCCCUGCUCUGCGAGAGAAUCCAAAGGAUCAGCAGAUAGGAAAGGAGACUCCUCCGAAAUUUAACUGCAGCGAAAAUACUGUUUUUUCUCAUUCUUCACCAAAGAACCUUAAGUUUGUAAUGUGCAAGUCUGGUAUAAGUUCCUUACUAUAUUCUUCUAAGUAGAGCAAUAAUGCAAAAGCUGUUCUAUAUGCAAACAUGAUGUUAUUAUUAUGCAGACAACUGAAAAAGUUACUGUUUUGUGUUGACCGUCUCUAUGAUCUUGUUUUAUGCUGGGAUUAGUACUUUCUUUUCUACAGCCAAGAUAGGGCUCAGUGUGACCAUUGGCCAAGCUUUAGUCAAUUGAUGUUUUCGGUGUAAAAGAUUCUGGGGAAAUUCACUGCUGGACAAAGGGCAGCCGACCACUUGUGCAUCAUUGAGGUCUCACACCUGGCUCAGUCCAUGGGAUGGAUUUGUGGCUUUGGCUUUUCUGGUACUGGCUGCAGAGGAGAGGGGAAAAAAUCACUGAUAUGGGGUUCUUUUAAUGGUAAGAUGGCACAAAAAUGAUGUAUUUUGAGGUCAGGUUGGGAUAAACAUACAGUAUUUUCAGCCUCAGUAGGACUUGGUGAUGCUUUGUGUUUGCUCCCUCAGUUCAGAAGUCAAUUGUACCCCUUGGUGUUUGUAAGGUCUUUUGGAAAACACUUUGGAGUUUUAUUUUGUGUAGUGCUAUAAUUUUCUUCUGUCUUAUCAACAUAAGUUUUGUCACUUGCAGAAGCUGUAGCCAAAAAGCAAAAAACACCUUGUUCCAUUUUGUAUUCUAGUCUGAGCCCUAUUGAUGGAGGUGGGACCAGAACUCCUUAUGUAAAGGUUUAUUAUUCAUUUGUCUUGUAUUUGCUACCAUAUCACUGUAAAGAAAAAAAAUAACACUAUCAGCUAUUUUUUCAUUUUUUACUUCCAACUAUUUUAGAUUUUUUUACUUGAUAUAUAUACAGAUAUAUAUAUAUAUAUAUAUAUAUACAUAUAAAGGAAAAGCUAUAUUAUAUCUAGUUGUGUAUUGAAACUUGUUAUGGGGGGGGGUUUCCUUUAUUUUUACCCACUGGAAAAUGAACAGUACAAUUCAUGUAUUUGUAACCUUCAUCCUUGGAUAAUAUCAUAACACGGAGAAGCAGCACUGCAGGAUCUUAUCCAAUAUUCAUGAUGUUGUUUCAGUCAAAGGUCUCUGUUGCUGUGACAUGGGAAAUGACAAAAAUCUCAUCCAAUUCUAUGGCUCUAUUAACUGAAUUGUUAGAUAAUCAUCAUAACACAUUUGGAAAUCUCUCCUGACCUUAACUCACCAUGCAGUGCUGGCUGACAUGAAUUAUGAUUUACAAGACCCGGAGCAAUGAUUUAUUGGAAAAACUGAGAAUCUGGCUAAACUGUAGUCCUAUCUGUCAGAUAUUUACCACAGUAUACUUGCCAGUUUAAUUUCACACACACUGUAGUCACAAUUUCUGCAUAAUUUAUUUAUAUUCCCCUAUAGAAAACAGUCCUUCCUAUGUUUUAAAGACACCUCUCUCAGUUUCUCUUGUUGCACCCAGACUGAAGGACAAACACAAGGCACAUCCUGGGAGCAAUCCUGUGAGCUUAUUAUCCAAUAGCUCAAAGAAACCAUACAGGCCUACUCAAACCAAGAAAAUAACAUUUUUCCCUUCAAAAAGACUGCAAAUCAAGUAUUCUGCCUAGUUCAUCUAUAUAUAUGUAAGUACCUUUCCUCAUCAUAGCAUUAAAAAUUUCAAGAUGUUACAAAACAAGUCAUGCAAGUGUAAUGUGAGCUGUAAAAAAAAAAAAAGUUCUCAGCAGUGAAAAUAAACCUGCAAUCUUGUAAUCAGUAGUAUAAUUUUCCUUAGGUAAUUAAAUUCCUGGAGGGUGGGGGGAUAAUGAAGGUUCCAAAAAUAUGUAAUAAAAAUAUUCAAUUAAA